UUUGAAACCAUUUCGUUUAAUGAUAAAAGUUUUUCUUUGUCGAUAAUAGUUAUUGAAAUGCUUCUCUGCACAUACCAAUUUGCUGUUUGCAAACUGCGUUUAGUAUUAAUUCAAGUAAUGUUGUGGUUUUUGUCUUUGGUAAUGUACUUGAACUUAGUUAAAACUGCGUGGAUUAAGAAUGAAGUGAUGAUUUCGGACUUAAAGAUUCUACUAGCAUUAACAUCAUUCUUAUUAUCAAUGGGCAAUCAUGUGCCCAGUUUUCACAAACCCACUGUUAAUAAAGUACUUCGUGUCCUGCCACAUAAUGGAGUAUCUGAUAAUCAAGAAACUAGAACAAAUAAAUCGAAUCAAUUUCAAAACUCAAGAACAUUGUGGAAUAAAAGUUCUAAUUCUAUUGAUGCAAAACAGAAUUUUAUGGAGUUCCAAAAAGUAGACGAUAAUUCAAAAUUUACGAACAUUUCUGGAAAUUCUAUCAGUCAAAAUGUACCCAAAUUGCCAAUAUUUAGGCAAUCAUUGAAUGAUAAUUUUUCUGAGGCAAACCCUAAGGUUGAUGAUGCACGAAAUAAACAUAUAAACCCAUUUAAAUCAUCAUGUUUUAAACCUAUAUCAUUAUAUAAUGACGAUAUAGGUGAUUUUGGAUUAAGUAAUCUAUAUUUAACUAAGAAGCGACCACAAUCAUAUUCUUCAUUAUCUUGCAAUUCUUUAUUCUCAACUCGAGAGUAUAAAGCAAAUAAAUCUAAUAUAUUUGGUGAAUCGAUGCAAUGUAAAACACCCAUUAUUGCGCCCUCUAGGUUAGAAAAAAGUUUUAUUCAUUCUCAUGUCUCAUCAGGAAAAUAUUGGAGUCAAUCUCGAAAACAUAUGGCAAAUAUGAACCAUACUUUUCCUUCCAUAAGCAGAACUUCCAGCCAAAGUUCUGGAUUUGAAUCUCAGUUAUCGGGUUCCUGUUAUAAUACAUUUUCAUGUCCUCCGUCGCGGGAUGAUUCUGUUUGCAGUGAUUUUGAAAAUUCAUCUGUUUUAUCUGAGCCCACUUAUUACUCACAAAAUUUUUUUCAACCAAGUCAACAAUGUAAUUCUUUGAUGUCCCAGAAUAAUUAUAUUCCAUCUGAAUUGUCUAAAUCAAAAUUUAAUUUGGUUAGAUCAUUCGGUAGUGGUUUUAACAGUUCAUCACAUUUUUCAAAAUUGCAUCACCACAAUUCUUACCCAACAACAUUUUACAAUCGUUCUUAUACUAAUGGGGAAUUGGAGCAUACAGAAUUAAAAUUGUAAAUAUUUUUAUACAUGAGACUGUAUGUUGAUAGUUAGUCAUAACCUUAAAUACUGCCAUUAGAUCUAUGUUUUGUAAUUUUUGUUGAAAACGUUCAAAUACUUUUAAGUACUUACUGCCAAUCAGAUAGAACUGGUAUACAAAUGUUCAUUGUGUGGAUAUGC